CGAAAGACCGAGAAACAACGAAAAGCGCAACCCUCGUCGUCAAAGAUCCAAACUUUGAGCUCCGGAAGCUGGCAAUGGCGGCAAAGAUGGACUCUUUCUUUGUUUCUCAUGGCUCUCCGAUGCUCUCCAUCGACGAGAGCGUCCCAGCAAGAGGCUUCUUCAAGCUGUGGAAAUCUCAAGUCUUGCAAACCAUCCCCAGAGCCAUUCUCGUCAUCUCUGGCCAUUGGGACACCUCUGCUCCCACUGUCAAUGUCAUCUCUGGUCCCAAUGAUACCAUUUAUGAUUUCUAUGGCUUCCCCAAAUCUAUGUACAAGCUUAAGUAUCCCGCGCCGGGUGCGCCAGAACUUGCCCGGAGAGUGAAGGAGCUACUGCAGGGUGCAGGGUUUGGUCCUGUGAAGGAAGACAAGGCCCGGGGACUCGACCACGGCGCAUGGGUUCCCCUCAUGCUUAUGUAUCCUGAGGCUAACAUUCCAGUUUGCCAACUCUCUGUCCAAACAAAGAAGGAUGGUACAUACCAUUACAACAUGGGGAAGGCCUUAGCUCCUCUAAGGGAUGAAGGUGUCCUUGUUCUUGGAUCAGGGAGUGCCACUCAUAACUUGAGAACCAUGGGACCUGGUGGUUCACCCAUUGCAAGCUGGGCAUUGGAGUUUGAUACUUGGCUCACAGAAUCCCUCAUUAAUGGAAGGCAUGAAGAUGUGAACCACUACGAGGAUAAGGCACCUCAUGGAAGAAUGGCGCAUCCUUGGCCGGAUCAUUUCUACCCAUUACAUGUAGCUCUCGGGGCUGCAGGCGAACAGGCCAAAGCCGAGUUGAUCCAUAAUACCUGGACUAACAGCAGCAUGUCCUAUUCCUCUUACAGGUUUACAACCCCAAAUUGAUGAACUUGGAAUUCCCUGUUGUACCCUCCUUAUGUAAUUGAGUAUUGUUUGUGUGAUAUCGAAAUGAGUUCCCCUACAAUAAAAUUCAGUGAUGUGGACCUAUUGAUGUAAUUCUUCAUCUGUUUAAUCUGUAUUGAUAAAAUAUGUAUACAGAAGAUCUUACUUCAGGAUACAUCUUACUUUCUGACCUAAAAGUAAAACUUUGCAAAGUCUUCUAUGGUGCAUAAGCUUUACUGAUACAAGGUCUGGCAAACUAAGCUAAACAUUUGUAUGCCCAUGAUUGUAAAAUGAGAAAAGUACAGGGAUUAUGGGUGCGUUA